UGGCUUCCUCAUGAUGAUUUCUUGUGUUGUGUUGCUAAUAGCUCCGACUGGUGCUGGAGAUGAUGAUGGAGGGAAGAAGUUGAUAAUUGGACUUCCUUAUUAUAAAUCAGGUUUCGCCCAGUUUGUGGAUGUACAAAUCGAUCCUACUAAUAACAAUAAUCAGGUCGUCCAGGCUAGCGGCUAUUCUAUUGCCGUCUUCAAUGCUACAAUAGCCUACCUUACGCGUUUACAUCACGGUAUUUCUUUCGAGUUUAGAGCUUUCGUAAACAACAAUGGAAGCAGUGCUGGGUAUUAUGACGCACUUGUCUCCCAAAUUUCUGCAGAAAAGUAUGACGCUGUGGUGGGAGACGUGACGAUUUUGGAAAAUCGGUUUAACCAUGCAGAUUUCACGUUGCCAUAUACACAAUCUAAUGUGAAGAUGCUUGUGAAAAUCCGGCAUGAUCCACGGUUGAACAUGUGGAUUUUGUACGACCGUUUAAUUGGAGAAAAAAUUCAGUGGGGUUUUCUCCUGUGGCUUCCUGUUGUGCAAGCAGUUUUUCCCGAAAGAGAAUCACUGGCCAAAAAUUGCUCUAGGUUUGUGCUGGUGAUGUGGUUGAUAUUGUGGCUCAUUGUGAGGGACUUAUUGGUUGAUAACUUGAUGAUCAAUAGUUCAAGGGUGAAGAACUACUCCUCCAUUAAAGACUAUAAGGAAGCCUUAGACAAAGGAAGCCAUAAUGGUGGUGUCGAUGCCAUUUUUGAUGAAGCUCCCUACUUUAAGGCCUUCCUCAAACAGUAUGGCUCCAAUUAUGCCGUGGUUUCAACUAAGCACCAUGCUGCUGGAUUUGGUUUUGCAUUUCGUAAGGGCUCCAACUUAACCUCGCACUUUUCGAAAGCCAUAUUAAAUAUUAGGGAGAGUAAUGAAAUGGACGGCAUUGAGGAGAGAUAUUUUGGAAGCAGCGAUGACGAUGGAAACAAAGAUCAAUCAAAUUCAUCAUCAAAUGCGAGUCCCCAGUCUUACUGCUUAUAG